AUGUCCACCAAGCCUACGGUCCUUAUCGUUGGCGCCGGCGAGUUUGGCGCGUCCACCGCUGUCUCUCUCCUCAAGACCGGCAACUACGGCAACGUCACCGUCGUAGACCGAGCCCCCGUCCUCCCUGCGAUGGACGCUGCCUCGUGCGACAUCAACAAGGUCGUCAGGUUCGACUACUAUGACAGAGACUACUGUGAUCUCGCCAAGGCUGCUAUUGAUGAGUGGAACAAGGACGAGUGGAAGGGCAUCUAUCACCAACCCGGUGUUUGUAUCCGAUGGAACGACGACGGCAGCUACGAUGCCAACUACUCCAAAAAGGUCUUUGAAAACGUCAAAGAAAAGAUCCCAUCUGUCUCUCUUAUCUCUACUCGCGACCAGUUUGUCCCCCACCUCGCCCCCAAUAACGCAACCAUCCCCGUGACUGACCCCGCUUCCAACGCCCUUGGUUACUUCAACCCCUACGGUGGAUGGGCGAAUGCUGCUGGUGCCGUUGAGAAACUCUACAAGGACCUCUUGGCUCUUGGGGGCACGCUCGAGGCGGGCGUUGACUUUGAAGAGCUUCUUUUCACCGAAGGCGGCAAGGACGUCCGGGGUAUCCGUACCAAGGCUGGAAAAGAGUACACCGCCGACAAGGUCAUUGUCGCCCUCGGAUCUUGGACUGCCGCCCACCCCGCUCUCAGUGGUCUCCUCCCCAAGGGACUUUUGACUGCCACAGGCCAGGUUGUCGCUGCAGUCCAGCUCUCACCCGAGGAUGCCAAGAGAUACGCCGAUAUUCCUGUCAGUAUGCACUAUGAUGGUUCUGCAUUCUACAUGUUCCCUCCCAACAAGGAUGGUCUCCUGAAAUUCGCUUUCCACGCUGCGGGCUUCACCUCUGAAUCAGGUGUGCCCCGUACCGCUACCGAUCCCGAAGCCGUACAGUGGACAGAAGAGAACAAGAAAGGUUGGAUCCCCAAAGCUUCCCUUGCCGGUCUGCGUCAUCAGCUCGACGUUGUCUACCCCGAGCUCGCCAAGAUGCCAAUUGCUUAUAGCCGAAUGUGCUGGUACUCUGACGUCGUGGACGGUGAUUGGGUCAUCGACUAUAGCAAGCAAUACCCUUCCCUCAUGUUCGCUACCGGCGGUGCUGGACAUGCUUUCAAAUUCCUUCCUAUCAUCGGAAACCUCAUCCGCUCGCGUUUCGAGAACACGCUCGAGCCCCAUCUCGUCCAAAAGUGGAGAGCGUCCCGAGAGAGCGCAGCUGAGGACCCCGCGCGGGCUGGUAUGCAGAGAAAGCCUUUGGAUUUGAACGAGUUUGUGGGGGAGGCUGAGCUUGGGGGUGUCACUGCUUGA